CUCAGGUCCCCCCCCACCACGUGACCUUAUCGGACCAUUCUUCGUCUCCACUUUGUCUUCUUCUCUUUCUCCACUUCUUCUUCUGCACUUCUGCAUCGUCCCAUUUCCUAUGACUCUUGAAACUGUGGGAGAGGUUCACUCGAUCCCCUCCUCUCGGGAAACCAUGAGGCCAUGCUUAAGAAAUCAAACCCUUUUCAUUGCGGGCGACUAUCACUGCUGAACCCCGCCAGCUCCGUCUCGCCACUGGCGUCAUCGCACUGCGUCCACGGGUCUCGACGGUAUGCCACCGCGCAGGGUGAUCUCUCCUGGCCCUCCACCACGUCGUUUACUCCCUACGAUCUCUUUAAACAGGACCGGCUUGCCCCCUACAAGAAGUCACAUUUCUAUGAACUCGUCAAGGUCUACCACCCCGAUCGACCGUGCAACGAUCACCCGCUAUGCCGGAACAUCUCCCCCGAAGUGAGACUCCAGCGAUACCACAUCCUCGUCGCGGCCCAUGAGAUCCUUUCUGAUCCCUCCAAACGGGCGGCGUAUGACCUGUCCGGCUCGGGGUGGAAUUUGCACCCUCCCGACAGCGCUCCAACUCCCCCCUGGGCGCGGCCGGCGUGGCGCGGCGACGGUCCGAUCUAUGGCAAUGCAACAUGGGAGGACUGGGAGGCGUAUCAUAAUCGACACCAGCCCAAGCAGGAGAACAUGGUCGAUCAUCGGACCUUUGCGACGUUUGUCAUCCUCCUCGUCCUGUUUUCUGGCUCCGUGCAGGCCUCGUGGAUCAGCAAUCGCAGCGCCGGGUACGACGACCGACUGCGGCAGGUCAGUGAGGAGUCCGGUCGGCUGUUGAAUGGGCGUCGGGAGAGUACGGCGAAGCAUCUGGGCUCCAGCGAGGCCAAGUUGCAGGAUUUUCUCAUCCGGAGAGAUCCGUCAGGGUCGGGAUUGAAGGGGGACGAGCAGGAGGUAUACCAGGAUGUCCUCCAUUCUUCCAAGGGCCGGAAUGUUCCUGGCCCAGCUGACGCGGCGCGUAAUUUGGCCGAAGGGCCGGAGACUGCAUAGUCAUUGACGCCCCAUGGUCGUCAGUGAUUCACGGAUACUAUUCUGGUGUCAGUACAUAGACGAGUCCUGUCUGACUUGUUUGAGUCUCGUGUCAUAGCGAUGACCAGCCCCCGUGCAUCGUCAUUGUUUCAACGACCGCGCAACAGCUUCUGCGCAAUGCAAUGCCACGCCGUUGAGUACGCGGUGAUCGAGAAUCGGCACUUCAGACAUCAAUUCUUUAGAGAGGUAUCAGUCAGAUAUGAGUUAUGUGUGUUGGCGUGAGCUCUCAAACAAUGACCCUCUGAUAAUUGUGCGUUGCAACAAUCUCAACCGCACCAGCACCAGGCAGCGGCGAUAUUUGAUUUAGGAUGAUAUUAUUAAACGAAUACGUCAUGGAACAAUCCGGCCAUACACGCAUGAUCCAUAAACCAUACUCUCCUAAAAAGAAAGGAACGUCUUGUUCACACAAAGUGAGGCGUCCCGUUCUAAAAUUGGCCACAGCCGCGACAGUGCAGCACAUCCGACC